AUGAACGCUCCAAUGCAACCAAAUUACGCCCGGGGCUAUCCCCAGACUGCUGGGCGUUCCCCAGCCGCCUCCCGGCGACCUCCAGGACAAGCUGGCGCGAUGCCCGUUCCUAUGCCCCAGCAUGCGGUCAACCCCCAGUAUAUGGCUGCGCAUCGCGCAAUGCCCCAACCUAAUGAUGCGGCUCUGCGCCGCAGUCGCAAGCCGACCGACAAGAACAUUCCCGAAGGCAUCGAAGAGGUGGUCAUCGGUGAGGGCGUCGAACAAUACAAGAACCUUCGCGACUUGGAGAAGCGACUCGACGCCGCUAUCGUGCGCAAGCGAUUGGACAUUCAAGACUCUAUCAGCAAGACUGUGAAGAAGUACCGUACCCUUCGCAUCUGGAUUACCAACACCGUCGAGAAUCAGCCGUGGCAAGGAGCCGGCACCAACCCCGGUUCUGGUCGGUACAAGGUGCGCAUUGAGGGCCGGUUGCUGGACGACGAUAAUGAUCCUACCGUUCCCGAGGAUGAGGAUGAGGGUGAAAAGAGUGAUGCUAUGGACCAGGACCAGGAUGCGGCAGGUGGUUCGAAGAAGACAGAGUCAAAGAAGCCUUCUCAGAGGUUCUCGCAUUUCUUCAAGACUGUCACUGUCGACUUCGAUUCGCCACCCAGCAAUGUUGCUGAUGAAGUCAAGCCUGUCGCCUGGACCAAACCCCAGGCGCCCGCAAACGCGACGUCAGCACCAGCAAACGCCGAGUUCGAUAGCAUACAGUUCGCUCGCAGUUCUCAGGAAAAUGUGAACGUUACCAUCAGCCUGGUGCGAGAUGAGACGCCCGAGCGAUACAAGCUGAGCAAGGAACUUGCUGAGGUAUUGGACGUUGAGGAAGAGACUCGGAGCGGAAUCGUGCUCGGAAUUUGGGACUACAUUCGCGCCAUGGAGCUGCAAGAAGACGAGGAGAAGCGACAAGUACGCUGUGACCAUCGCCUACGCUCGAUCUUCGGCCGUGACCAAAUGUUUUUCCCGCAGAUUCCAGAGAGCAUUGGGCCCCACACCAGCCCUAUGGAUCCGAUCAAGCUUCCUUAUACUAUCCGUGUCGAUGAGGAAUUCCACAAGGACCCCACUCCCACCAUCUACGACAUUCAGGUAGCGGUCGAAGACCCUCUGCGCCAAAAGAUGAUGGCUCUGACACAGAACCCCCAAUACACAGCCGGCUUGCGCCAGAUCGCCGCCAUGGACGACCAAGUCGCGCUCAUUGUCCAGGCUCUCACCCACUCCCGCGCACGCCACUCCUUCUACACUGCCCUGAGCAAGGAUCCCGCUACCUUCCUGCGCCGCUGGGUCAACUCCCAGCGACGCGACCUUGAGACCAUUCUUGGCGAUGCCAACGGUGUGGGCGAUGGCAGUGGACCUGAGUUCCGCCGUGGAGGUCCGGAGAGUGCCUGGGAGACCCCCGUGGCGAAGGAGGCAGUACGUUAUAUGCUGGCCAAGCCUGAGGCGGCAACACCUCGGUGA